GGGAGUUACCUCAGCGCUCUCCGAGAUAUGAGAUCGGGCCAUUUUCCAGGCGGUCCCCUUUCCCAUUAAAGAAGAAAAUCAUCGGGGUGGAAAAAGAAAAGAAAAGAAAAGAAAAAGACAGAAACACAGGUACAUUUAGAGAGGUCGCUGCAGAAGAGAGCAUAAAGCAGAUCAGUCGCUAUCUCCGGUGCAUGCACAGCGUCUCUGCACCCGUGCGCGCGCGCGUGUGUGUGUUUACAAGUGUUUGAGCGAGUGCCACAAACGAGGGAAGGACGAGAAAGCCGAGGAAGGAAGGAGGGAUGGUGGACAACUCGAGCAGUAGUAAGGCACAAAUGCCCAGCAUGUCUCAGGAGCCUGGUGUGGCCUUUCCUCAGAGCACCUCAACAGGGGGGAUGAAGCUGGAGGCGGUCAUGGAGCAGCUCCAGCGCCAGCAGCAGGCCCGACUGGAAAUGGAGCGCAAGGAGAGGAAGCUGCGAGAGGCCCACAUCAUGUAUGCUCAGCAGGUUGCUGCCCAGCAGGCCAUCCUGGCGGCCGCCCGGGUGUCCGGGGCCAGCUUCAUGGGCAAAGGUCUGGCUGGGGUGGUCCCCGGUGGCGGGUUGCUUCCCAGGGUCUCCAAUCAGAGCAGUGUGGACUCUGAAAGGGAGGAUGACGAGGACAGAGGCCGGGAUUCUGGGGACGAUGACGAGGACGACAAUGAGAUGAUGGAGGGGGACGAGGGCAGCGAUGAGGAUGAGGCAAGUGCCAGCGGUCUGGAGUUCCUCCGCAAGCAGACCCUGGCCUUGCGGCAGAGCACGUCCCGCAUCCCGGCCCGGCCGUUUGGCAGUUACUCUGCGUCGGCCCCCCAGAGGGCCCCAUCCCCACCCAUCAGAGUGAAGCAGGAACCCGACGAGGGCCUGUCUCCUGCGGGGCCUCGCUCUGCUACCUCUCCUAACGGACAGGCCGACUGGGGCUUUGAUGAUCACUUCAGACAGAACGGCAGCGCAGGCUGGGCGGAUGAGGCUGACAGUAGCAGAGGAAGAGGAGAGGCCUCCAGAGACUUUGCUAAGUUGUAUGAAUUGGACAAUGACCCUAAAAGGAAGGAGUUUUUGGAUGACCUCUUCACCUUCAUGCAGAAAAGAGGAACCCCAGUCAAUCGUAUCCCCAUCAUGGCCAAGCAGGUCCUGGAUCUGUACAUGCUGUACAAGCUGGUGACAGAGAAAGGAGGCCUUGUGGAGGUUAUCAACAAGAAGAUCUGGAGAGAAAUUACAAAGGGACUCAACCUGCCUACCUCCAUCACCAGCGCUGCUUUCACCCUGCGCACACAGUACAUGAAAUACCUGUACCCGUAUGAGUGCGAGAGGAAAGGCCUCAGCUCCCCCGGUGAGCUCCAGGCCGCCAUCGACAGUAACCGGCGCGAGGGCCGCCGUCCGAGCUACAGCAGCAGCCUCUUCCGCUUCUCUCCCUCUCCCAGCACGGCGCCCCACAUCCUCUCUCCUCCCAAGAUGCACCUUUCGGCUCUCGGUGCUGGGGCCUCGGGGAUCCUCAACGGCCUGCAGUGCUCACCGGGACACUCUCUGAAAAAAGAUGACCUGACCUCCUCCAUCAUGGCGGCGAGACCUUCCAUGGCGCUGGCCCUGGGCCACCAUCAGGUCGCGGGCUUGGCAAGGGCCGCCACUCUGGAGCAGCUCAGAGAAAAGCUGGAGACCGGCGGCGGAGGAGAGGGGCCAGAGAGGAAGAUGGCCCGCCUGGCGGAGGAGCAGCAGCGCCUGAUGCAGCAGGCUUUCCAACACAACCUGCUGGCCAUGGCUUCCCAAAUGCCCAUGAACAUGCGCCUGGGAGCCCCCACCAUCACCACCCGAGAUGAGAAGCAGCAGGACAUGUCUCUGAGCAUCUCAACCAAUGGAAAUGCCAGCAUCACUGUCUCAGUGGAAGUCAAUGGCACCAUCUACUCGGGAACCCUGUUUGCCCAGAAGUCUGGUGGGGCCCCGGGGCCUGCUGUGUCGGCUGCUGCUUCAGCCUCCCCUGCUGGAGCCAGCACUAGCUAUGGCUUCUCUGCACCCCUGGCUCAGACCCUCAGCCCCACGUCCUCCUCCUCCUCCAAGGGCCCCGGCUCUGCCGAGCCAGCCCCCAGCGGGUCACCCUAACUCGGGGCCGCCCUUUGUAGCUGCUCCCCCAGGCCUCUCUUCCACCGGGAGGCCCGGCAAGAAAUAUACAGUACAAUGAGAAACAGAUAAGAAUAACAAACUGUUGCACAACAAAUACCUCAUCAACCUUGUCAACCUCUUGGCUGUCCAAUCAUGAACACAGAGCCCAAGAAUCUUCUAUGACAGCACGUGCUCAAACGCACAGCUAUGCAUUUUACUCGACACACAUACACGCACUACACUACAAACACACACGAUUCUACACACACGCACACAAUCUACACACACACGUGUUAAUCCUAAUGUACAUGCUAAACACAAUCAGCUCAGCCAAAACCCACUGACAGGUGUAGUCACAACUGAACUUGAAAAGUUUUAUCUUAGGACAUUUUGUUUGUUUGUUUGCCAUUUUGUCGUCUUUUUUUUUUUUUUUGGAUUUUGUGUUUUUAGGAUGAUUUUCGUUUUUCUCUUUUUACAUACCUCAAAUCAUGUAACCUGCAGUGGUGUCUUUACCUCAGGAGCUGUAGUAUAUUUAACCUGAAUCAACUUUAUUUUUAUAUUCUUUUUUUUUUUUUUUUUUUUUUUUUUUUUGACAAAGUUGCAAUCAGGGGAAGUCGGGUAACUCACCAGUGGAACCUCACGUACAGAGCACCCCCCUCACAGUGGCAGGCCUCCCAACCCGGGCCACUCGGCUUUCUCCAACACACUGUAGGCUCGGCUCGAACUGGUGAACGAUCGGAUGCUGUGGAUCAGCACGUAACGUACCUAAUUUCAGAACUCCGCCCUCAGUUCAGACCAUGUCGAGUCCAUUAUAUAGGUUGGAAGGUUUAUUAUGUACACAAACCUCCCAGUGUGGACUGUAAACUCUCUCACUAGCAAUGCACAGGAAUUUGAUGUCCAUCCACAAAGUUAGGGGGAACAGCAACUCGAAUCCACCCACAGCAGGCCGAGCAGACCCUGAGCUCGAUCCUCCACCGGGCUCCUGUCUAUGUUACUGAGAGGUAGUUCAGAAUCAGGUGUGAGCUUGUUGCCCCCCCCCCACACACACAUUUUUGUGCAUCCUUCCUCCAGCCGCGGAGCUGAAUGUCGAUCCGACGUCGGCAGCGUCAAUGCAUCGUUUCUCAGGCGUCACGGCGGCCUCUCUGCUCUGGAGGGUGUCUCUCUCAGGAAGCAACGUGACAACUGCACGGAAUCGCUGUUGAUUAUACAGGAAAAGAAGGGAUUGGAAACCUGAAGAAUGCACAGGUCUACACGACUGUUCGAGAAUACCUCAUCAGACUCUCCCAAAGGAGAGCUACACUACAUACCUCAUACGGCUGCAAAGCCAUCAUGACUUGACGCCACAACCUCCCGUGAUGGAAAUCAUACCGGACCUGAAACGUGAACAUACUGACACACUGCUGGUGGUUUCUGGGGACAAACGGAACUGGGAUGGGGCUUGCUAUCUCGCUCUCCUCCUGUGUUCACUUGUAUAACUUGUUUUAUGCUUGCUUCAGUUUCUUUCUUUUUUUUGUUUUGGUUCUUCAAGUUGUCUGAGAAGAGUGAUAUAUAUCUGCAUUUUGUUUUUGUUUUUUUCAAGGGAGAGGAGAAGAAUAGUUGGUUCCUCGCAGUCACGUGUAGAUUUGUAGGAUUGUCGACAGGUUUCGAGGUCGCAGUGGGUCAAAGCAUAAACAAACAAAUCGACCAUGUUAACCUUAAACUUGACUGCAAACUCCUGAAUCGCAGUCAACGCAUCUUUUUGUUUUUCCCAUGACAGCGGCGAAAUGAUAUGCAUGUGUACAAUCAUGUGACCAGCAUUUUAACACCCUAAUCUUGUGGUUCAGGUAAGCCUCUGGUUAUUGCACAGCUAGAUACCAAAGACUAGCCAGGUCGCUCCUCUUGAUUGAUCCCUUGUACAAUCUUGCCUGCUGUGGUGCACAGCCAGGCAGCUUAAGGUCUGUUUUGGGCUGCAAAAAAAAAAAAAAAACCCCAUCGAAUCUCAUUUAAUCUGAUGUUGAGUUUUUUUUUUUUCUCCCGAAAGCAAGUGAAAUUAUCUUUAGGUGAGGUGAGGUAAAUACCCAUGUUUCACAUUUUACGGCAUGACUCAACAGUGGAAAUAAGUACAUUUAUAACUAGAUUCAAAGACUCAAAAUCUGAUCACAUGACAUGUACAGACAUUUUUUGUGAGCAGAUAUUAAAGCCCAGAUGCUGUGGCUUUCCUGCGCGGUCUCCCUCAUUUAAUCCUUCACAUUUAUGGGCUUCUAGGGGAUCUUUUUUUUUUUUGUAACACAACACCCGGAGUGGACGCGUGCCCUCUCAGCCAGUGCCCACAGAGGCCCACGAGUCUGGCCCCUUUAAUAAAACAGACACUUUCUGAUAAUCCAGUAAUGGUUGAAUUAUCCCUCCAAUUGUACGGCAUUUUUCUCCCUUUUCAAGUACAUUUUUAAGCAUUUUCAAAUGCCACAAAGGAUGACAAUGAAAUUUUCUAGCUUUGAUGUGAGGCAUUUUAUCUGUUCAGAAACCUCUUUAAGCCCAAUGUGAAGCGAGGUGGGCAGCCUUGUUGCUUUUACUAGACUGUAUUUUAGCCAUUACGUGUCAGCUUUUGCAGAUGUUUUGCAGUGCAGAUCUCAGUUUUGGGACUUUGAGGGCGGUGCAGGAAGCCCUUUUUUUGGUGAACCCUUCAGAACCCUGCAUGACGCAUAACUGUAUUUUAUUAGAGAAGGUGAGAUUUGUAGACGCUGCCUUAAAGUAGUUGCUGGUGAGAGAUCCCGGAGCAGUUUUCUCUACUCAACUGGCCGGAAAAUGUCUUUCUCUCCGAGCUUAAUCCUUUGGAGAGUAAUCACUUUUUUAUUUUGGCGAACACUUCAAUCAGAUGUUAAGACACCAGUUGUCAUUCAUGCUGUUAGUAACAACUGAGUUUGGCUAUUUAUUUGUGUGUGUUUUCAUCCUGGUGGACCUUGUUUUCAGUGACUGUUCAGCUUAAUCCUUUAGGCCGUGUUACUGAAACCUUUUAUUAGCUUUGUGUUUCAUCUGCUUAGUCUAAGCAAUGGCUCUUUGAUAGUGUAGCUUCACUGUGUGUGUGUGUGUGUGUGUGUGUGUGUGUGUGUGU